AUGGUUGAACAUGAUGAUAGCACUGUCUCCUAUUUCAUUGACUGCAACAAUGCAGGAGCCCAAUUUGUUCAUGCUGCGGCCGAUGGUGUAACCGUGGCUAACAUCCUCAAGCCAGUGUAUGUUCCUCCAAUUGUCCACUCUUUCUUCCCAUUAAAUGGGGUCUUAAACUACGAGGGUGUUUCCAAACCAUUCCUAGCAGUUCAAGUCACUGAACUUGUUGAUGGCAUCUUCAUUGCCAAGCAAAAACUUUCAAGACUAAAAGCAAAAGCCAAUGCCGAAUCCGGCACCAAGUCGAUCUCCUCUCUUCAGUCACUCUUGGCUCAUAUUUGGAAAUCUACAAAUAGAAAUGGACAAGUAAUUGAUCUUGACAAAGAGGUUGGUUUAAAGGAGCAACAACUUGGGUAUGUAGCUUUGCAGAUUAACAAGGUGGUUUCUUCGUACACUGAAGUCAAGGUAAAAGGCACUUUGGAGUCUUUGAAAGAGAAUCUUAAUCCGAGAACGAUGGGCGAACUUGCACCUACUCAUUGUUUGUUUAUCAGCAGUUCACCAAGGUUCAAUAUUUAUGGAACUGAUUUUGGUUGGGGAAGGCCCGUUGCAAUACGAAGCGGGCCUGGCAACAAGUUGGAUGGGAAGAUAACUUUGUUUCCUGGAUUUGAAGAAGGCAGUGUGGACAUUGAAGUCUGUGUUUUGCCUGAGACUUUAAAAGCUAUGGAAAAUGAUUUAGAGUUCAUGGAUGCUGUCACCAUCUGA